UUAGCAACGGAAAGAAGCCGAGAUAGCUGUAAACCCUAUUUUGAGAUAAUCGAAUUUUUUUGUUAGGCUUACACAACAAAUUGACAAGAGGUGUAACAUACAUGUUUAUUUUGGAAGAGUUAUUGGAGCGUGUUGUCUUUUUUAAAUAUUAUUUUUUUCUGUUUUAAUAGGAAUUGUACAGAUUGCUAAUUUAGCUAGCAACUGUUAGCCAGCUAGCUAGCUGCUUAGCAUAGCAUCCUCCUCAAGAGGCACGUUGACAUUAGCCUGCUAGCUAGCCAGAUCUUCGGUUUGCUAACGGUAGCGAGCUGUCACACAACCACACGCCGUCUCAUCGUCAAGAAAUUGCGGUGUGAAACUGGUCGCUUUCAGACGCUGUCUUUUAUGGGAUCACCAUGUCAAUGAAGGCCGGUGGAAAUCGCAGCAAGCCCGGCGGUGGCAACACCGCUGGUGCCGCCGCCUCCGGUGCCGGAGGAAGCGGCGGGGGAAGACAGAAUCUGGGCAGGGGAAGACACAGCGGUAAAGGUCCUGCAGCAGUCAUUUUCAAUGGUGUAUAUGCAAAUAUGAGGAUGGUCCAUGUCUUGACUUCAGUGGUGGGGACCAAGUGCGAGCUGAAAGUUAAAAAUGGAGCAGUCUAUGAAGGAGUAUUUAAGACAUACGGUCCCGAGUGUGACCUGGUGUUGGAUGCAGCCCACAGAAAGAACCCAGAGCCCAGCGUAGGCCCCAGGAAAGAAGAUAUUGUGGAGAGCAUAAUUUUCAAGGCCUCCGAUGUUGUAGUGGUGACCUUCAAAGAUGUGGACCUGAAUUUCGCCAGGAAAGUCUCUUCUGACACAGACAACUUUACAGAUGCGGCAGUGAGCGGCCGGAUCAACGGUGAGCAUAAAGAGAAAGAUCUGGAGCCCUGGGAUGGAGGAGAGACCCACAACUCCGACAGCCUGGAGUCUUUGGAUACAGAUGUGUCAAACGGUUGGGAUCCCAAUGACAUGUUCAAGUACAACGAGGAGAAAUAUGGAGUCCUGUCUACCUACGACAGCAGCCUCUCCACAUACACGGUCCCCUUGGAGCGGGACAACUCGGAAGAGUUCCUGAAGAGGGAAGCGCGUGCUGCCCAGCUGGCGGAGGAGAUUGAGGCCAGUGCCACAUACAAGGCCCGUGUGGCUCUGGAGAACGAUGAACGCACUGAGGAGGAGAAAUACACUGCUGUGGUGCGAGGGGAACGGGAGACUCACACACUUAGCAGAGAGAAUAAGUACAUUCCUCCAGGUCAGAGGAACAGGGAGGCGAUGUCAUGGGGGCCAGGACGUCAGAAUUCACCUCGUCUGGGUCAGAACUCAGCUGGACCCUCAACUCCUCGACCAGGACCUCACGACUACAGUCCCAGCUCUGGGGCCGACCAGAGGGUGGUUAACGGAGGUUCAUCCCAUUGGCCCUCACCCUGUCCGUCUCCUUCCUCCCGCCCCCCCUCUCGUUACCAGUCUGGCCCCUCCUCCCUGCCUCCUCGGGCGACCACGCCCACCAGGCCACCCUCCAGACCCCCCUCUCGACCUUCCAGACCUCCCUCUCAUUCAUCCCACCCUUCUUAUCCCUCCUCUUCAUCCUCCUUUUCCCACCACGGGCCCACGUCGUCGGCCUCCAAUCUGCCCAAACGCAUGUCUUCAGAAGGUCCACCAAGGAUGUCUCCAAAAUCCCAGCGGACACCUCGUGCUCACAGAGUGCCACCCUGCCGAACCAGUGGAGUGCCCCAAGGGGUGGAUUUAAUUUCCCACAAUGCCCCUGGUGAGGUUCCAGUGACUCCACCGACCAGGAGUAGCUCCUCUGGUGGGACGUGGUCUUCAGUGGUUAGUGGAGCUCACAGACCUCGCUCCCCCCGACAGAAUAGUAUUGGUGGAGCCUCCUCUGGCUCCUCGUCCCUUCCUUCACCACAGACGGGAACAGCUCCUGUGGAAACUGUUACUACACCAACAUCGGCUUCCUCUCCUACUGCUGCUAGCCCCGCCCCUAACAUGGUCGCUACUCCAUCAGGAGAUGCAAAAGAGUGUCGUGUCCAGGAGACAAGACAAACCUCCCCUUCUGCAAACAAGGAGAACAUCAAGCCUUUGGACAGCUCACCUAGUAUUACCAGACCAGUCUGUAAAGGACCUCCUUCUAUGGCACCAGACCACAGAAAACAAAUAGAUAAUUUAAAGAAAUUUAGUGUAGAUUUUAGAUUGCAGUCUAGUUCAAAUCCAGACCCUGCCUUUGACCAGAUGAUGACCAAGCCUGCCAGAGAUCCAGCAGACAAGCCUAAAGACCUUCCCCUGGACAAAGCCUCCGCAGCGGGGCGAGAGGGCACUGAAGAUGGUGUUGUAGUGAUUGCCUCUGGCACAUCCGGUGGUGCCCCUGCUCCAUCCACCACCACCACAAACACCAGUAAGCCUGGCAGCCCUGCUGCACUGUCUCCAUCCCCUUCUGCCCCUGACCAGAAGAGGGCGGGGCUGGAUGUGACGUCACAGGGAGUUCAGACGACCGCCACGUCUACGUUCAGUGGACCCAAGCAUGAAGAGAAGGAGGAGAAAAAGGAGGCAGUGCAAGAUCAAGUCAGAAAAUCAACCCUGAAUCCAAAUGCCAAUGAGUUCAAACCCAGGUUUAACACACAGCCCAAACCAGCCAACACCCCGACGCCUCCCCGGCCUCAGGGCCAGCCCAGCCCCUCCAUUGUGGUCCAGCAGCCUCCGACUGUCUACGGCCAGACAGUGUGCUUCCCCCAGAUGUAUCCGCUCACACCAGUCAGCCCUGGAGUGCAGAAAAGCAUAAUAUGGAAGUCUCCAGCUAUGUACCAGGUUCAGAUGCCUCAUAUGACGGUCAGCCAGUCUAAACCCUACAGACCAGGUAAAGUACCCAACAUGCCCCAGCAGAGGUCAGACCAGCACCACCCGCCGGGCACGCCCACCAUGAUGCACCCAGCCACAGCAGCAGGACCACCCAUUGUAGCACCGAGCCCCGCCUACCCUGCGCAGUACUUCACCUGCAGCCCGCAGCAGUUCACCAGUCAGCCGCUCGUCCAGCAGAUGCCACACUACCAGUCCCAGGCGCAGCAUGUGUUCAGUCCGGUGAUGCAGGGCAGUGCCAGGAUGAUGGCGCCUCCUACACACGGCCAGCCCAGCCUGGUCUCUUCCUCAACUACACAGUACCCAGAGCAGACACACACCAUGUAUGUGUCUCCAGGGCCUAUGCCUCAGCAGUACCCACACCCCAGCGCCACCCUGCACCCUCACCCACAGCACCCCCAGCCCUCUGCCACGCCUACGGGCCAAGGACAGCAGGGUGGUCCGCCUCAACACGGAGGUCCUCCUAGCCACCCAGCUGCCAGCCCAGUCCAGCACCCGCAGCACCCGCAGGCAGCGGCAGCAGCAGCAGCAGCCCAGGCCCUCCACCUGGCCAACCAGCCUCCACAGCAGCAGAUGUAUUCUGCCUUGGCCCCUACGCCCCCCUCCAUGACCCCGGGGCCCAACCCUCAGUCUCCCCAGGCAUCAUUCCCCUCUGCCCAGCAGACGGUUUAUAUCCACCCGCAGCAGGUGCAGCACGGCUACAACCCCAACCACAUGGCACACGUGCAGCAGGCCCACAUGCAGUCUGGUAUCGUGCCGUCUCACCACCCGGCUCCCACCCACCCCACCAUGAUGCUGAUGGCCACCCAGGGUCCUCCAGGCGGUCCUCAGCCACCCAUGCCCCAGACCGCCCUCAACCCCAUCCCUGUUUCCUCCACUACACAUUUCUCCUACCUGGCACAUCCACAAGACAUGAUGGUUCUGGUCCCAUAG